GUCUCCUUUUAAUCCAUUUCGGCAUCCUGAACGGGAGCUAUAGAAGGGGUUAUAUUCGAUCAGACUGCCACAAAUGUUUAGUAAGCUGAAUUCUAAAGAGUAAAAGAAUUCCUGUUAACAAAAAAGGCCUAUUAUAAUUUCUGAACUUGCUGUUCAACGUGUCAUCGAUGCUUAUAGGAUCGCAAUAGUGCACGCAGUAAUUCCAGAUAACGGGCUCCUACGUCGUUGUAGGAACUAUGUACGGCUUCGUGGCGCGAGCGCUCGAGUUGCUUAUUGAUAAGGAGUACGGUUCGGAUACGUGGACAACAAUAAAAAAGGAGAGCAACUUGUCGGAGGAUGAACUAGUAUCUCGAAUCGUCUACGAUGACAAUGUUCUCUUCGAAAUGCUUGCUACAACGGCACGAAUCGUGGAUGUGGCGGAACCCGUUUUGAUGGAGCACUUUGGCGAGUACUUCUUCGAAUACUGCCAGACGCAUGCCGGCUAUGGCCAGAUUUUGCAGGUUUUGGGUUCUGAUCUGGAGACAUUUCUGCAGGCAGUCGACUCGUUGCAUAACCAUUUACUGACAUUUUAUCCCGGCAUGAGGACGCCGAGCUUCACGUGUGAGCGAAUAGAGGGCGAACCUGCGUUCGUACUACACUAUUACUCGCAUCGAAGAGGUCUCAACGAAAUGGUCGUUGGCGCCGUUAAGGCCAUUGCAUCACGUCAGUUUAAAGAAACGAUUUCAAUCGAGGUGGUUUCGACAGGAGAUUUCGGAAAAGAAGGAGAACACACUCGGUUACGCAUCAAUCGACAACAGCCAGCUACUAGACAGAACGAUGACAAAGAGUUCUAUACUCUGCCUGAAGAGAAAAGGAUAUCUCCUGCAACGUUUUGCCGCGCUUUUCCCUUUCACGUCAUUUUUGAUAAGGACUUAAUUGUUGUCCAAGCGGGUACAUCAAUCACUCGAAUUCUACCGAAUAUGCUGCAAGAUUCGCUGAGCAACUUUAUGGAACUUGUUCAGCCCCAUAUGCCCCUCACGCGCGCUAACAUACUUGAACAUACGAACACCGUCUUCGUUUUGCGCAUAAAGGGACCUGAUUCUACAAGAUUUGCCUCCAGGAUGAUCUUGAAGGGUCAAAUGUCCCCGACGGGUGAGGAUGAUUUGAUUCUAUUUUUAUGCUCGCCCUCGGUGUUCAAUUUGGACGACCUUAAUUGUAAGGGCCUCUAUCUAAGUGACAUCCCCCUGCACGACGCCACACGGGACCUCGUUCUGCUCUCGGAGCAAUUUGAAGCGGAAUACAAGCUCACCAAAAGCCUCGAAGUACUCACUGAGAAACUGCAACGGACCUACAGCGAUCUUGAGACUGAGAAGAAAAAAACCGACAGAGUGCUAUAUUCAAUUCUUCCACCGUCUGUGGCCAACGAACUCCGACACAAUCGGCCAGUUCCGGCUAAGAAGUAUGACCAAGUUACAAUUUUAUUCAGUGGUGUGGUAGGUUUUAUCGAUUACUGCCAACGCCAUUCAGAUUCACAUGGCGCUAUGAAGAUUGUCAAGCUUCUCAACGAUAUCUACACCAGCUUUGACAUACUCACCGAUCCACGUACGAACCCAGACGUAUAUAAGGUGGAAACUAUCGGCGAUAAGUAUAUGGCUGUAUCGGGAUUACCUGACCCGUGCGAAUGUCAUGCAAAGCGUAUCGCCCAGCUAGCUCUCGAUCUUCAAGAUCUUUCUCACAAAAUCACAAUUGACUCAGAGCAAUGCGUCCAAAUAACCAUGGGAAUCCAUUGUGGUGAAGUUGUCGCCGGCGUUAUCGGGAAAAAGAUGCCACGCUACUGUCUGUUCGGACACAGUGUCAACUUAGCCAGUCGUACUGAGACUACUGGCGAGAAGGGGCAAAUUAAUAUCUCGGAAGGUGUUUACAAGCUUCUUCAGGACCCCAUUAAUGCUGAUCCAAUGUUCUCCUUUUGGUUUCGGGGUCCUAUCCCUAUGAAAGGCAUGAAAGAGCCAAUGAACGUGUGGUUGCUCACCCGGAAUCAAAUCAACCGAACAACUCACUCGUUUCUUAAUGACGAGGUCUCCAACGCAUCAUCGGGGCUUGUCGAGGAUACCCAUGACGUGCCAUUGAUUAAAAACGAAAUUGAGUAGUGUUCGAAAAUGUAUGUUACAACUAGUUCCUGUUUAUUUAAACGAACGCCUAUUACUGGGUGUUGACCGUACCAUGACCUUGAAGUUUUGUAUUCAUUAAUAUAAUUGACUAUGAAGUUUUUUUAGCACUACUGGAAAAGUAGACGCGUUCGGUUUCGUUGCAGAUCAGCCUACAUAUGCAGCUUCGGCGUUGUCGAUAAUAGUUUUUCGAUCUCCAUUGAUGUAUUUAUUUAUUGAUAUAUUUAUACAUCAAAGUUCUUCUACAAAAAAAAUCUACAAAACCCGUCUCGCGGAUAUCCAGAUUUGAAUCAGGUACUACUAGUCUUGCUACCGCUUUACCCAUCAUUCGACCGAUAUAGUUGAUAAUAGGUAAACUAAAAAUACGUCUAAUCAUAUACUGAAUCUCUAUACGUAUAAUUUUCUAAAUUUCCAUAUUAGAUACGUAAUAAUUUGUAUUUCCCGUCGAAGCACUUAUUUAUCUGAUGUGUAAAUAGCAGAUGCAGACACCGGAUAGUCGGGUCCGUCCUUGGCCUAUUUAGUAUCGGCCGAAGGCCAACUCGAACCCAAAAAGAGAGAAGUGUAUUUGCGUGUUUCUUUUGAAAUCUCUUGUUUCGAACUAACGGCCUCGCCAUCGAUUAUUAGUUUAGAUACAACGCUAAUAAUUCAAACAGGAUAUUUUUUCGUUCGAAAUUAUGCAUUGCUACGAUCGAACUUUAUUAAAUAUAAGUCAGGAAAAACUUCAAACUACUCUGAACGCUAUAACCAUAUUGUAUUGUAUGGUUAUGUGCGAAUUGGUAACUGACGAGCUUCCGAAUUUCACUCCUUGGCAUACCUGACGAGCUCUCAUGUGUUAUAUAUAUAUAUAUAUAUAUUCUAAAAAAUUCGUCUUGUCAGUGUAUGCCGAUUUAAUAUCCUACCUUAGCUUACAAUACUCUAUUUUUCCAAAAGGUACCCUUCGUACGACCUGGCUCGGCGAUUUGGAACACGCAAAUAUGGCUUAUAAACGUUUGCAUUAAAUAAGUGAAUGAUAGCGUCUUCUGUCCCUCGUCGGUUUUUCGCAGGAAAUACCAUCCGAGCAGUCAGGUUGAUAGGUGUAACACACCGCGGAUGCUGUGCGAUUGCCCUUCCACGCUGAAAAGUACCUAGGAAAUGAAUAGACAAGACUUGAAUUACAUAUCUGGGUCUACUUUGUUUUCAAGCAAGCCGUAUUCACACAAACAUACGAAAUGUCCCUAAAGACCAUUGUUGCUUGUACAAUUUAAUUGUAUAUUUAGCAAACACAAUAGAAAAAAACUCGUAUACGUGUAUGCAUGAGGACUAGUAAUAUAUGGCAUAUCAAAACCAUCUUAGCGAUUUUAAUGUAGCGUGUCUGUAUGCGUGCGUGAUGUCCAUGAGAUAGUCAUUGCCACUGAGAUAUCGUCUUUGACACCCAUAAAUGAGCAUCUUUCUGUGGCGAAGUGAUCUACAAUCAAGGAUUCGAUAACCCAUUAAAUUGUACCUAUUGUGAGUUAUUAGAUGUUGAUGUUCCGUAUCCUUACUAUGAAAAAUAUCCAACCAAAUAAAAAACGA